AUGCUGUCGCAUCUACGUUUCCACCGGCGCGGGCCGUCCAACCCGGCGUCGCCAGCCGGCGACCAGCAGCCCUCUCCGUUAAGCAACGCCAACUCGCCCUUUACACCCGAUGCCGUCUCGUCUCCGGACACGCAGCCGCCGACCUCAGCCACAUCUCUUGUUCCACCGACGCUGCCGCCCAUCACGCGAGUGACCUCAGACGAGUCCCCGCCCUUGCCCGACUUCUCCUCCGAUGCCUAUGCGCCGCCCGUCGAGCAGCGCAUGCCACCGCCUGGCCGCUCACCCUAUACUACUGAUUCGGGCUUCAUUGGCGGCGUCGCCUUAGAAAACUACCGACGUGAUUUGCGGGCGCAAAAGACGCUCGUCACACCCGAGAAUAAUACCGCGCGGCAGGUUGAAGACCAGCAGCACCGCGUCAAGAGAAACCCCGCUGCUGCUGGUGCACCGCCGGCUGUUGCACCGAGACCAAGUAUACCGCCGCAGAGCUUCUCCAAAGUCCCAUCGCACUCUUCCAUCUCGCCAUCUGAAGGUGGAAUAUCGUCGCAGCCGACCGGUCGCCGCCCGCCAGGCCGGGGUCUUACUGGCGAACUCACGUCGUCGACGACCCCCGUUACGAUCACCCCCAUGGAGCCUCACAAAGCGAAGAAGGGCUUACCCUUUCUCAAAAAUCCAAUGUCCACGCUUCUGAUGCGGCGAAAGGCAAAUCAAAGCGUGCCCGACGCCCUACCGAUGCCUUCACUACCUACUCGAGAACCCGAGCCGACGUAUGAUCCAAGAAUCAAGGGCACUCGCAUACACGACUUUAGUGCGCCUAGGCGACGGAGCAUCCCACGAAACGAAUCUCUGCAAAUAGCAGUCGACCCCUCCGCCACUGAGCAUAAAGUUAGGCCAGGACCUGCGCCGCCUCCUGCCCCAAUGCCUGUGCCCGCACCACUACCCGAAAAAGCGCCAACACCUGAGCCAAUCACUCAUCAAGACGUUACACCAAGCCAUCGCCGAACAAGCCAGAGUCCUCCUUCUGCUCCCGUUUCAGCCGUACGGAAUGGCUCUUUCAGAGAGCGGAUGCGCAGCUCCAGUGGUUCUUCCAUGGCUGGCUCUAUCCAGUUUGAGAACCUUUCUAGUAUAGCCGAGGACAAUGUUCAACAGGUACCUGGAUCUCUCCGACGUGUCAACCCGUCAACACGGACAACACGGUCUCGCAAUGUAUCUCUAUCCGAAAUGUCGAGUAGAGACACGAUGGCAUCAUUACCGAAACAUAUGAAAAGCACAAGUUCUAGGUUCAGCUUUGAUAUGAUAGGAGCUGCCAAACAGGAGAAGAUUCUGGAAGAGCGACAUCGACAACGGCAAUUGGAGAAGGGCGAACCAGAGUGCGAUGAUCGACGAGACUCAAGAUUUGAUGAGUUUGAUGAAGAUGGAUUUGAUUACGAUGCCAUGAUGGAAGACGACGGGCUUGAAGAAAGGAUACCCGGCGUGAAUGCAGACUUUGACGAAGAAGACGAUUAUCUCAAUGAGACACCAUAUAUACAGGAGGAUCAACUCGAUGCUCACGAGGAUCCUGAUAAUGAUCAGCAAAACUUUUCCGGAUUUGUCUUUCAAAGAUCGAACCCCGACUCGGCACUCCCUAGUCCAUACCUACCAGGCCAGAUGCCUCAUACCCCUCGAGAUGCGCAGGGCCAACCCAUCGGAUCGGCGCUCACCAAAGACACACCGACGACGGCUACCUUUCCCUUGUCGGCGGAUACCAACGUGAACAAUAUGGAUCCGGCAUUCGCGCAACAGCUCUCUGCACUCGGUAUUAGCGAGCAGACACCUCUGGAAGAAGAGGAAGGAACUAUGGAUGCCAAGUCGAAUGCUCCGAGGCCGGUUCCAGGGGAUGAGAUGUAUUUCGAUGACGGCAUCAUUGGCUAUGAAGACGAAUUUGCAGAAGAUCUCGCCGCCGGAAUCGACCCAGAUGAUGAGCCUUUCGACGAAUCCAUAUUUGAUAAUGAUGAUACAGAUCAAUUCGGCCGCCCAGUUCCAGGAGCAUUUGCUCAUGCUCAGUCACUACGUCAAGCCAUCGGCCAGCCCAAGAGGAGAGAGUCUGAUAUGACCUCGCGCUUCUCUGCUCAGUCAGGAAUUGCACAGUCUACUGCGCAUACCUCAUUCAGUGCAAGCAUGCCUGAAGGAGCACACGGCGGCAGCUCCAUGAUUUCGCCGCUAGGCAGAGUGUCUUCAAUGAUGGGGGCACCAACAUCGCCGUCACAUCGCAAGAUGGCAGCCUACCAGGCCGCCCUGGCUGCCGCUGCGCAUGAGGCUGCUGCUUCUGGCAAGUUUCAGCGUAGCGCGUCACCCGUACCGGAAGAUGAAGAGGAGGAUGAAUACAGCACAGAAGAGGUGGAGGGUAUUGAGACGCAAGAAUCAACCGUAAAAAUCGAAGAUGAUGUGGAAUACGCGCCCAAGCAGGACUUUGGCGAUGACUUUGGCUACGAGAACAUGGACGAUUUCGAAUUAGACGAUGAUGCGAUUAUUGCGGAAGCCAAUGCCAGUGCGCUAGCAAAUGAUUCAGACGGCUGGUAUGGCCAGGAGUUUGGCUUUUAUGCAGCCCCCGCGACCCAGCAUCAUGGAUCAUAUAGCUCCACUACCUCUGGCGGUACCGAAUAUCAGUACGCAAGCGGUGGUUUCUUCGGGCCACGCAGCGACUUGGCGCGAUCCGCCAGCGGUCGCCUCAUCUCUCGCGAACCAAACCUCACUCCCAUCACGGAACGUUCUGAAUACUCGAACCGAAAUUCGAUUAUGAGCAUGGGCUUGCCGCCUAUGGUAGGCGGCACACCAACUAUGCAAAGCCCCGGACUGGCGCAGCUAGCCAUGAUGUCGCAAGAGGGUGAUGAUAUGACCCUGUCUGCCUUAUUGCGUCUCCGCAACAAGGCUUGGGGCGGCUCGCAGGCCAGCCUGUCCUCUAGCCGUGAUGGCUCACCAAAGUCGGAGAGAGGCGAGCUCCCGAGCUCCCCAUGGACCGCCAACCUUGCCGGAACCUCCAUAUCAGGGUACACACACGUGCGGCAAAACUCGCUUCUCUCAAGUGAAGGUCGUGAUUCCGAGUUGGGAAGUCUGCCUCCCAGUCCGACGCUGACAAUGGCCAGCGCUGCGCUUAGGCCGCAGGCGCAGGCCAACGCCUUGGCUGCAUUACAGCAGCAAGCCAACCCCAUCCGCGGCAACUCGGCGCCUGCGACAUAUCCGGCUCCUCGACCGCAGGGCGGCCAGAGCGAAUCUGCACCGGUGUCGGCCACUACAGGCAGGAACUCGAACGAGUGGAGCUGGUCGCAUGAGCUCGCGAACUUGCCCAUCCGGGCCGUGUCGCUGUCGAGGAACGUCAAGGGGCACCGCCGCCAGCAGGGCUCGACGGACAGCAUCUCCUACAUUAUGGAGGAGGAAGACAAUGGUGAGGCGCGUUGGGUCAUGGAGAGGCGACGCACAGGCGAUGAUAACGAAACGGAGCUUUUGGAACGAGAAAUCAUUUCUGGUGGGCGCAUAUGA